AUGUCAUAUAAUCGAUAUAAUAAUAAUAAUAACGGUUAUAAUGGUGGUGGGCGUAUUAAUAAAUUAGCAAAUUCUAAAAAUCCAAGAGAUCAAGAAAGAUAUUUAGCUUAUCAACAAAAUUUAGAAGCUCAAUUAGCUUCUCAAGAGAAAAAACAAGCAUUUAGAAGAAUUACAGAUCAUGGUAAUAAUAUGGGAAAAUGGUAUAUUGAAAAACUGUUAGGUGUAAAUAUUGAUUCACAACAACAAAUAGGAAAAAUAAGACCAGAAUCGUCAUAUUUAAUAGAUUUAUUACCCUCAUUAGCAUAUAGUUCAUCAUUUAACUAUAAUCGAAGAAACAAUAAAAAUAACAUGGCCAUAUGUGAUAAUGAGUCAAAAUUUGUCCAUUUAUCUUCAAAUAAAGCAAAACAUACAAUCAAUACAGUUAAAUGGACACCAGAAGGUCGUAGAUUACUUGUUGCGUCUCAUUCUGGUGAAUUUACAAUUUGGAAUGGUAUGACUUUCAAUUUUGAAACUAUUAUGCAAGCUCAUGAUUCUCCAAUUCUUACAAUGCAAUAUUCUCAUUCUGAUGACUGGUUAUUAAGUGGUGAUCAAAAUGGGAAUAUAAAAUAUUGGCAACUGAAUUUUAAUAAUGUUAAUAAUAUAAAUGCUCAUUCAAAUGGAGUAAGAGAUAUUUCAUUUUCACCAAAUGAUUCAAAGUUUGUUACUUGUGGUGAUGAUUCAAAUUUGAAAAUAUGGAAUUUUAAUAAUGGUAAGGAGGAAAGGCAAUUGACGGGACAUCAUUGGGAAGUUAAAAGUUGUGAUUGGCAUCCAAGUCUAGGUCUUAUUGUUUCGGGUUCAAAAGAUAAUUUAAUUAAAUUAUGGGAUCCUCGUUCUUCAAAUGCAAUUUCUACAAUCCACGGAUUUAAGCAUACUGUCAACACAACUAGGUUUCAACCUUGUGGGACAUCAAGAUUAAUUGCAUCAGUUUCAAGAGAUAGAAGUUGUCGUAUAUUUGAUUUAAGAACAAUGAAAGAUAUGAUUGUAAUUAGAGAUUCAGAAACUGAUUUAUCUUGUGUUGCGUGGCAUCCAUUACAUGCAUCAAUGGUGACAACAGCAGCUUAUAAUGGUUCAAUUAGUCAUUAUUUAUUGGAUAGUUAUAUUCCAGAUUCAAAUGAAACAAUACCGAAAAAAUCAGAUCAACCAGGUUCAGUAGAAGCCAUUCAUAAAAUUCCAUAUGCUCAUGAAAAAGCAAUACAUGCAUUAGAAUAUCAUCCAAUGGGUCAUUUAUUAUGUUCUGCUGGUUCUGAUAAAACUGCAAGAUUUUGGUCAAGAGGUAGACCAAAUGAUCCAAUGGCAUGGAGAGAUGCUGUUUACACUGAUGAUAAAACUGGUGCUUGGUAUUAUACUGUUAAUAAUAAUGUUAAUGCAGUUAUGGAAGAUCCAAACGGUGUUAAAACUGCCGCUGUUACUUUUAAAAAUCCUCAAUUGGAAGAAAAAGUAAAUAUGAAUAGUAAUUCAUUAUCUGGUUUACCUGGUUUAAGAAGUAUGCAAGAACAAUAUAGUAAUAUACCUGGAUUAAGGGGUCACUAA